AUGAAAGUUUCGAAAAAUCUCAAACAAGUUUCUCGUAAGGCUACUACCUUAAACGAAAAAACAAAGCCUGACGAAACGGCGAUUAAUGAAUUCAUCGAAAAAAUUAAUAUCAAGAAUAUCAUUCCGCCGAAAUUACCAGCAAAAAAAUUAGUAGUCGAACAAUUAAACAGAGAGGGAACGCCUAAAAGACCAAUGAACCGCUUUUUUUGUUUUAAACGUAUCGUUUAUCUAGAAGUUGUGGAGAAUGGACUUUUAUCUUCAGCAAAAGAUGGUGUGUUUCUUACAAAUGUCGCAUCUAAAAUUUGGAAUGACAUGACUCAAACCGAAAAGGACCAUUUCAAAACUAUUGCAGACGAAAUAAAAAUAUUACAGUCAGAUUUCCAUAAAGGCAAACAUUAUAACAAAAAACCUGUUGCUACGACGUUCCAUAAUUAUGCUAGUGAAGAUUUUGAUAAAAGAAAGAAUAAGAAGGGAGUGAAAGAUCUAAAUCGAACAAAAAGCAAAAUGAUAAAGAAAAAAAAACAAGGAAACGUACAUAAUUCCCAAUCGCAAAAAAAUCAUAUUAAAAGUAUAGAAGGCCAUUUUGUUCAAACUCAACCGCAAAAAAAUCAUAUUAAAAGUAUAGUAGACCAAUUUUUUCCAACUCAAUCUCAUAUAAAAAGUAUAGAUAACCAAACUUUUCCAACUCAACCGCAACCAUUAAUUCAAAAUCAUAUGCAUAUGAAACAUAUUAUAAGUGACCAAAAUAUUCCUCAAAUUUAUCAAAUCGUACCAAAUUAUCUUCAUGAACCGAAUAUGAGUGAUACAAUUUAUUCUUAUUACCCUUACAACAUGUCAGAUCUAGUAUAUCACCAAGAUAGUCCCGUGUUCGAAUUUAUUUAG